GGGCGAGGAAGUACUUCCGGGUAUAAAGGUCGGGCCCGUCAAGAUGGCGGCCGCCUUGGAGCUCAGCUGCUGGGGAGGCGGCUGGGGCCUCCCCUCGGUGCACAGCGAGUCUCUGGUGGUGAUGGCUUAUGCCAAAUUCUCUGGUGCACCCUUGAAAGUCAGUGUCAUAGAUAACACCUGGAGAGGUUCAAGAGGCGAUGUACCAAUUUUGACAACUGACGACAACAUUGUUUCUCAGCCUGCAAAAAUACUAAACUUUUUAAGAAAACAGAAAUAUAACGCUGAUUAUGAACUGUCAGCAAAACAAGGGGCAGAUACACUGGCUUACAUUGCUCUCCUUGAAGAGAAGCUUCUCCCUGCUGUGCUCCACACAUUCUGGGUAGAGAGUGACAAUUACUUUACUGUGACAAAGCCAUGGUUUGCUUCACGAAUUCCUUUUCCCUUGAGUUUGAUCCUGCCUGGAAGGAUGUCUAGGGGAGCACUGAAUAGGAUUCUCCUGACCAGAGGGGGGCCUCCCCUCUACCACAUCCAAGAAGUAGAAGCACAGAUAUACAGAGAUGCCAAGGAGUGCCUAAAUCUUCUAUCAAACAGAUUGGGAACAUCUCAUUUUUUUUUUGGAGAUACGCCUUCUACCUUGGAUGCCUAUGUAUUUGGUUUUCUUGCACCUCUUUAUAAAGUACGGUUUCCUAAAGUUCAGUUACAAGUACAUCUGAAACAGCUUUCCAACCUCUGUCGCUUUUGUGAUGACAUCCUAAAUAGUUACUUUAGGCUUAGUCUUGGAGCAUUUUCCGGCGUGAACAGAAAUCAGUGGCAGAUUGAUUUUGGUGAGGUACUCCCAUGAUUCCACUGCUUGAAAAAUGAGUGCAUCAGACUGGAGAUGGAUGACAAUCUUCGCCAAAGCCCUCAGCUUCCUCCUCGGAAACUGCCAACACUCAAAUUGACUCCAGCAGAAGAAGAAAGUAAUUCCUUACAACGGCUGUCGCCCUAAGAGUCGUCAUGCUUUGUGGUCCUGGUUGUAUGAAUUGUUAUAAUCUCUUACACCAAGUGUAUGAAGGCAAAAAGAAAAUACUGUUAGUAGGUAUAAGGAAGACUCGAAAACAAAAGCUUUCUGUGGCAUCUUUUUUUUUUUUUUUUUAAAUUAAGAAACUUGUAUUUUAGCUCGGCAAUGCAUUUUAAAUAAAGGUGCAUGCUAAAAUGAAUAUGAUGGAUGGGAGGGGAGACAUACUGUACUGUAUGUUUAAAAAAAACAACAGCAGCAACCUGCCUUAAUCCUGGCAGAUUUUUGCCUUUGGUUCAUGUGUUGCUGACCAGAAACUACAAUUCUGUUCUCAGUGUGCAUUCUUAAUUUAUUCCAGUUAAUUUAUUCAGGUUAUUAACUUAGUUUUCUUAUACCUAUCUAAAUACAUAGUAUGUGGCUCUAUGCCUGAAUCUUUUUUCUUCUGUUUAGAAAUCUGAUGCCUAUCUUAGGAACUAGGAAAAAUAUAAAUUACUUCAAUAGAAAAGCCUGUAUUUAACUUUAAAAAGCAACGAGGAAUGUGUUUUCUAAUUAUGUUCUCAUAAGCCUAAUCUUUUAGGAGUUUAGUACCAUAUAUAAAUAUCAAGUGAUUAUAUUUAAUGUUCUCCCAGUGACAUGCACUUCAGUACAUUAGUAUUUGUUGAUGUGUUCAGUGUAGGCCAGCAAGGGCUCUUUCCAUUUGCUGGGCAAACGUGGCAGCUUUAGACCUUUGGAUUUGUAGUGCACCUUUAAUCAUCUCAUUGUGUUGAUUCCAGGAGAACUGAAUGUGUCGGUCGUCUUUACUGUGUGAGGCCAUUAAACCUUAAUGAAACUUGCCCAGUAUUAGACACUACUCAGGAGGAGCCUGCAGCCAGGGUAAUAGAAAUAUCUACUGUGCGUCUGGUCCGAGUUCUCCAUGCUUGACUCAGGCCAGUAUUUUUUUAAAAGAAAUACAUUAUAUCAUCACAAGCUUUCUGACAACCAAUUGUUUUCCAUGUAUUUUAACUACAGGUUGAAAGAUCCAAGGGAAUAAUCAGAAAUAUUUCAGACUGUUUUCUAUUCAUUGGUUGCUGAACUGUUUGAGGAUUUGCUCUAUGGGAAUUUUACUUAUACUGUAAUAGAAACUUGGUUAUUUUAGUGGUUGAGGUGCUUCUGUUGUCCUAAGACCACUUCUGGGGUUUUUAAAACGUAGGACCAUGUUUUUGAUUGGUGUCUUAGAAGAUUACCAUGGCGCUCAGCAAAGCUUACCAAGUCCUCUGGAAACCAGAAUGUUAAGAGAACAAGCUUUGUCGUCGAGAGACUCAGCUAGUUGGAGCUGAGUGAAGUUCAGCCAUGUUUGACCCACAUCUUCCUAAUUUGUUCUGUGUUUAGGUAGCUAUUUAUACAGAAGUCUUGAAGUCAUUCUCAAUAUUUUUUCUUGAAAGUUUUAACUAAAUGACAAACAAGAUUGUAGUCCCAGUCUUGUUCACCUGUUGGGAUGCCUUUAGGGAAAGUAGCUAAAGAAUUCACAUUAUUUCUACAACAGGGUGUGGGGGGUGUGUGUGUGUCUGUGUGUGUGUGUGUGUGUGUUUGUGUGAUUCAUCUUCAGAGGCAGGUUAUUAGAUUCUAGCAAUCUGAAAUAUGUAUGAAUAUUUUAUAUUAAAAGCCAUGACCAUGAGACUUUACUUUCCCUAGGAUUGAUGUAUGUUGGAGAAGGGUGGUUAGCACAUCAACCAGACAUCUGUUUACACUUUAGUCAAGGUUAGUCAUUUUCAAUCAUGAUUUAUAUUAAACCUUCCAAAAAGCAUUUGAAGUGACUUACAACUAAAAUACAUGUAAAACAGGACAAUUGUGAUUAAUCUAUGAAAAAAUAAAUUUGUAGGAAGGAAAAACUAUAUCAACACUAACACACUGUAAAAUUGAAUAGUGAAUUUAACUUCAAGUUUUUCCAUAGGUAAAGUCAAAAGAUAAUUGUGGGUUAAAUAAUUUCUUUUUUCAACAAAGCUACUGAUGUUCAUGAGGAACAGAAAUGUAUUUAAAUAUUUGUAAGAAUGUGGGAGUUUGUGUUCUCACAAUACACAGACAUCAACCAAAAAUUGUACUAUAAUCAUGUAUUAAAUUUUUAAUCAAAAAAGGCCAUUUUAAUAUAAUAAGUAUUUGUCCUUUUCAGUAGUAGUAUUUAUUUACUUUUUGGUCAUUCCUGCUCUGAACUGUCUUUAGCCUUGUGUAGCCCAUGAUAUUUCCAAACUACUACCUUUCCUAGGAGGCAAAAUGUGAUUUAGUAAGUGAGAAUUAUAUGUUGAGUUACUUAGUUGAGUUCAUUUCUUUGUAUAAGCACAUAAAAUGAUAGAAAACUAUGCCUGGCCACUAAAUACUUUAGAGACCAGCCACACUUACAGGAAGCUCUUGGAAAAAAAUAAAUUUUGAGACUGAUCAGAGGGCCUAUAAUUACCCAGUCAAUAAUGCUUUGGAUAAAGGUUGAGCUUUCUGGAAAAAAUGGUCCACAGCCUUAAACAAAAUACUAUGAGCUACUGUCUUUUGGAAGUGAUGAGGGAGAUAAUACAAUAAGAGGGAAUGGGCUUGUGUUUAAUUUUGUUAGCAGUACAGGAUUAGAAAAAUUAGCUAGACAAUGCCCAUAAGAUGAAAAUCCUCUAUCAACAGCCAUCCAUGAAAUGGAUUGAACAGCACUAAAAGAAGUGUCCAGAGCGUUGAAGAUAGUCUUUCCUUCAAAACUGUUUUUGAUCUUACAAAAGGUUGGCAUUAACAAAUAUCAGUGUAGGCAUGUUUGUCCUAGAGAAUUAGAGAAUUUAUAAAGCAAGCAUUUUUAUUUCUAUUUGUAAUUGCUAUUUAAAGAUGCUAGACACAUAAAUAUGAGAGAAUAGGGAAGCUUUUUUUAAUCAAAGAUAAGUUAAAUUUUAAGUCUGUGAAAAUGGGAAAAACUAAUGUCAAAAGAGGCAGAAACUGAUAAUGGUAAUAGUAUCUUAGCAAACCACUUUAUUCAGAUAACUUCAUGGGAUGAAAAUGGCACUUGAAUUUAGUAAUAUGAUUCCUUUGAGUCUCCUCCAGAAAUAACUAUUUACCAGCCCAGUUGGAUUUGGGGAGUUUUUCAUGAGCUGUCAAAAACCUGAAGCUUUUAAAAAUCAAGAGUAAAUGCUUAAAUAUAGACAGAAAGCUAAAUGAUAACGACACAUGAUAUCUCUGUUCUGUUUUUUUGAGUUUUGUGAGACUAUCAUUACAAAACAAGAGGUUUUUUAAAGUAAAUUCAGUAGAAUAAAUUAUCUACAUAAACUAUGAUUUAAAAGUUAAUGCUCUAAACAUAGUAUUUAGUUCUAGAUGAAUAUAUGUUAAAUAUGAUUUUUAUUUCAUUCUGGAGUUUAAAGAAAAAACAGUGCUUCUCUGCAAAUGCUUCUCGAAAGAUUUACUUUGCCUUGCUACAAAAGAAAAAACCUAAAUUCCAGAAUUCCUUUUCCUUGAGAUAUCAAAGUCUAUGAUUUUAUGUUUCUAAUUAUAUUUUUCCAUAUGGUAUCUAGGUUCACAUUUGAAAGAAAUGCCUCCAUCUCUUCAUAUGGUAUUUCUUCUUUGCUUUGUGUUUGUAAUCUAAUUGCACAGUGUGACUAAGAUGUUCACUAAGAGCACUUUUUAAAGAAGAGGGUAUGACAUGUCUCUGAUCAUACUGUUUUUUGUUUUUUUUUUCUGUUUUUGGUACCAGGAAUCGAACUCGGGACCUUGUGCUUGUGAGGCAGGCGGUGGAACCGCUGAGCUAAAUCCCUGGCCCACUGAUCAUAUUCUUUUAAGCUCAGGGGAGUUAGUACUGACUUUGUCUUGGUUUGGUUAUUUAUUUAUUUAUUUUGCUGAGGUUUUUUUGUUGGUUUUUUGUUUUGCUUUGUUUUGUUUUGGGUUUCCUUAUUUUUAUAAUUGAAAUUCUGAGCAGAGCAACAGAGAUAAUUUGGGUUGUGAUGACGGUCUUUUCUAUCUGUCCUUGGUGGAAAGAAUUAUUUUUGCCUUUUUGUUUUCAUAUUUCUUUUCUAAAAUUUUGUUGUUACAUGAAAUAAAAUGCUAGCGAUCCUAUUGAAGGUUUAAUUGAAGCUUCAUUUAGAUAUUCAAAAUGCUAAUUUUCAGAGAGCUAUAAGGAUGAAGGAUUUUUGUUUUAAGUUGUUUUGUAUUUGUUUCUAAGGCAUUGCAAAAUAAUGUAGCCUAGAAACUAUUGUUGAGAUGUAGUGAUUGCUUAGGAACCCAAGUUCUCUGCCCUGGAUAUAAGAUUUUUGUGACUGAGGUAGAGAAGUACUCUAGGAAUUAAAAAGGAUAUAAAAAAUUACUUUUUAAUAAAGUUUUGUUUCGUUUUUUGUUACUGGGGAUCGAACUUGGGUCCUUGCGCUUGCAAGGCAGGCAGUGGAACCACUGAGCUAAAUCCCCAGCCCCUAUUUUUUUAUAUGCCAUGGAUUACUGAUAGGAGUUAACAUUCUUGAACAAUUACAUAAUAAUAGCAUAACUUCAGGUCAAAUCUUUCCAAAAGGGGAAUACUGUAAUAGAAAAUUUUUCAAAACAAAAUAAACUACUUUUCUUAAAAAAAAAAAAAAGACAAAGUCUUUGUGUUCUCAUUAUUAUUAAUUUGAAAUUAUACUAUAAGUUUUUUUAAAACCACCAGUUUAGUUUACCAGAUAAGCAGUUCCCAAAGGGGUGUUUUGGCAGAAUAAAUUGUUAUGUAAAUUGAGGGGUCUGUUUGAAAGAUGCUGGCUUAGGCAAAGUUGAAACUAUAGGUUUUUCAGAACCUUAGAUACACUAAUGUGUAUUUUCAAUCUCUAAGCUUUGCAGAUUUUCAAGUUUUAUUUGAUUAUGUAUUAAAGGCAAUCUAAAGGAUUAUUGUGUGUGUGUGUACACAAAUUGAGUAAGGUAUUUCCCAGGGGAGGUUUAGUUUCCAUUCAGAACCUCUAUUUCAUACACUAUCUAAUUUAUUUUAAUAUGGAUAUUUUUUUUAAGUACAAUACUAUGUCAUCUGCAAAAUACACUUAGGGAGUGUUGCCCUGAAGUAUUUUUGCUUGUUUGUGUUCAUUGCAAAGGUUUCUUAUUCUGGAGUGCCCCUCUAGUGAUGGUGAUAAAAUAGGAAGGGAUAAGUCAGGUCUGCCUUGGACCCCAGAGUUGAGAGAGGGGGGCUGGUUGUGGCUGCAGAGAGGUUGUCAGUGCAUCCCCUUUCCUAGAACUUUGUCAGUCUGGAUCAGCUGUACGGGGCCUAAACUGGUGGCUUCAGGGGACAAAACAGUUCUUAGGUGUCCAUGAGACAGGGACGACAAACUUGUAAUUCCAGAGCAUUUUUCCAAAGCUUUUCUGUGCUUUAUAAGUACCAAGAAAGACAGUGAAGUUUCUCAUAUAUAUGAAAGUUUGCAGUUGCUUCAGUGACACAGCAAAGAAGUUUACUAUCCAGGUUAUAUUCUGUCAAUGAAGACAGUUUAAGGAACAAUUUCGGAAGUGGGAUGAUGUGUUCAUUAGAUUUUCAGCAGAUUCUGCAUCCUAAAAAAUGUAAACUUUACUAGGCCUCCAAAUUUGAGUUAACAAAAUAUAUUUUCUUUUUUUCACUUCAGAGUGUAAAACCAGAUCACAAAUGAAGCAUAAGGAUGUUUUUCAUUUAUUUCUUGUUAAGUAUUCAGCUGCCUGUUUGGAAUUCCAUGCUUUGGAUGUGUAUUUGAAAGAAAGCUUUCCUUUGGGCUUUGAGCUGUGGUAUAAUGGUGAACAUCUAGCCACAUAAAAAGCAGUUAGAUCUCUGUCCUGAUUCGUUGGUUUUCCUCUUGCAAAUUUUGAGAAAUGCCUUUUAAUCAUUCAUGUUACAUAUCCCAGAACCUUGGAAAUCACAAAACCUCACUUGCCAGAGUUCCCAUCAGUCCCCAGCUAGUCAUGCACCAUGGAGACUUGUGGCCAUUCAUCUUUUGGACCAUUGGCUGCUCCUCCAUUGCUGACAUCUGUCUCCUAGAGAAGAGGAGUAUACUCUAGCUUUUAGGUUAAAUGCAUAAAGAUGAGCUUUAUUCCUUUCGCAACUCUUUUUUUUUUUAAUUUUGUAAAAUAGAAAAUAAUGUCUUUCCAUUUUUCUGUCCAUCUUGAAGUAGGAGUUUGAGGUGUUUGUAACUAGCUUUUUGGAAGAUUGACAGUAAUGAAGACAAGAAAUAUAUAUGUGUACAUAUUGGUUUGGUUUCACCAAGCCUAUCUCAUCAGUACUUAACAUUUUAAACAUUUUUUCUAGUGUGCAAAUACUGUACUUUCAUUAUAAAAUAAACACUUACAAUAAGCAAUGCUGACAGUCAUUCCAAUAUUCUAGCCUUGCCUAAUAUGAAUAUAUUUUACUCAAGAGACUGUGUAUAAAUACCCAGAAGUGAUCAAUGUUGUAAAGAGAGUAUUCUAAUAAAUGACAACUGGAUAUAAUGUUAAAAUAGCUAUUUUCUCAAUAAAAUCUCAAAUUGCCCAAA